UCCCCUUCACUUGCCUGCCUUCUCAUCAUUCAGCUGCAUCAUAAGCUGUUUCUGUUUCUUUCGUCUCUUCUCGGUUCCCCAUGCGGAUCCUCUCCGCUUACCGAGAAGCCCUUCUGUGCUUCUUCCUGUUGUUGUUUUUUGCCAUCACUUUCUGCCAUGGCAGUCAGAAGACAACUGCAUUUGAAGUAGUUGGAAUUGGAGAAUGUGCAGAUUGCACUCGGACUAACUUAAAAACAAGCCAGACUGUUUCGGGGCUUCGUGUAACUAUAGAUUGUAAGCCGGCGAAUGGAGUCUUUAAAACCAGAGGAUCCGGCGAGCUGGAUGAAGAAGGAAAGUUUACAGUCUUCCUUCCUGAAGACAUUGUUGAAGAUGGGAAGCUUAAAGAAGAAUGCUACGCGCAGCUUCACAGCGCAUCAAACGCUCUUUGCCCCGCCCAUGACGGCUUGGAGUCUUCCAAGAUUGUGUUUAAGAGCGAAACAAACGGUAAACAGACGUUUGGGUUGCCCGGAAAACUCAAGUUUUCGCCAGUUACUUGUCCCUCAGCCUUCUUGUGGCCUCAUUACAAGUUCCCGCGACUGCCCAAAUAUGAAGUGCCGCUGUGGAACUUCCCUCCCAAGCCGCCACUGCCGCCACUGCCGCCACUGCCGCCAAAACCGCCUCUAUUCAAGAAUCCUCUCCCUCCCAAGCCACCACUGCCACCACUGCCACCACUGCCACCACUCCCGCCACUCCCGCCACUCCCACCAAAACCGCCGCUAGUGAAGGAGCCUCUCCCUCCCAAGCCUCCCAAGCCUCCCAAGCCUCCCAAGCCACCAGUCCCACCAAAACCGCCGGUAGUGAAGAAGCCUCUCCCUCCCAAGCCUCCCAAGCCACCAGUCCCACCAAAACCGCCGGUAGUGAAGAAGCCUCUCCCUCCCAAGCCUCCCAAGCCACCAGUCCCACCAAAACCGCCGGUAGUGAAGAAGCCUCUCCCUCCUAAGCCUCCCAAGCCACCACUCCCACCAAAACCGCCGGUAGUGAAGAAGCCUCUCCCUCCCAAGCCUCCCAAGCCACCACUCCCACCAAAGCCACCGAUCUUUGUUAAGCCCCUCCCUCCACUUCCAAAGAUCCCACCAUUGAAAAAGAAGCCUUGCCCGCCAUUCCCUAAGCUUCCUCCUUUGCCCAAGCUCCCACCAAAGGACAAGUUCGGCAAAUGGCCACCCCUCCCACCGCUUUCUCCUCAUUCUAAUUAGACCAAUAAUGGCAUGCACUACUAUACAUUGUUUAUCCAACUUCCAGCAGGUGUAUGUAGAGUGCAUAUUGCUUCUAUUUAUUAUUGAUGUUAUAUGCUUAGCGUGAACUUUAUUAAGUGCAAUAAGUCUUCUUCGAGAUAGAGAGGAAGGCCCUACAAAAUGACAAAAAAAUAAAGAAAAACGUUGGAAAGAAAGACUGUUGAUGGGUUUCAAUUUGUUUGUGAAAUGAAGUUUGUUGUAUGUCGACUAAAAUCUUUGUAAUAUUUCUUAUAUUUUACUUCUGGAUCAGUAAGUUGGCACA